CGACAUCUGAGUUUUUGUUGUAUUAUAUCUGUGGUAAAUAAAAUGAAGAUAAGAUUUGCAAUGCUAUGACAGAAUUUGUUAUACAUUUUUUACGCUAAUAAAAUAACGAAAUUAAUUACAUUUUAUUGUAUUGUAACAUAAAUUUGUCAUGACAUCGUUUUCUAAGAGAUGAGUGUCUUCGGAGAUUUUCAACGCGUGUGGGUGCAACGUUUUCCAGAGAGUGCUUUACCAGCAGCUUGGGAAGAAGAUGUCAGGGCCAAUUUGGCUAAACACAAACAAAAAGUUGCUAUAUUAAGAGAAGAAUUGGAGAAAGAAGAGUUUUAUGUGGAGUAUUUAGAAACAUUAUUAUCAGAUGUCGAGAAACAUAAAGCCGUCGCACAAGGCAACCGGACGGCUCCGCCCUCGGGGGGUGACGUGAACGAUCUCGACGAUAAGGCUUCUGAUAGCAAGCAGGAGUCUAACUCUGAUUCGCUGAAGAAGAGUGAAGUAAGUCUUAACAGCAAUAAAAGUGAGGAUUCCACGCCUGAAACAGCUGAGUGUGAACCCGUGCAGCUCAGAAAUAAACCAGUUCGCGUUACUGAGAGGAGUUCAGUGAAUCAAUGCAUCAAUGAGUUAUCAAAUCUUGCUGCGGAGGCGGCGCGGAGAAGAUGUAAUAGUGAAAUAGUCCAGAGAACUGACAUUAAUCAGGAUACUAAUGUAGCAGUAGAACAAACAAGUCCAAAUCAAGCCAAAAACCGUCCAACAUCACAAACUGGUGAUUUUGUAACAGUCAUCGAAGUAAAUGGUCUGAAAUUAGCAGCUUCAAAGAAGUCGGAAGAGUCCCAGCAAUCUUCAGAGGGCAGUCCUGUUGACCCUGUGGCGAUCGCUAAGAAGAAGGUUCCACCUAAGCCUCCACCAAAAGUGUUCAGUAAGCGUGGUGCAUCGUUGCCGGAGACUGGGCUCGCAGAGGACAGCCCGCCUUCCUCGCUGGGACGUAGAAUCCGUAACGCGGAAUCACGCGAGUCCAUUGCUAGUAGAGCGUCGACGCCCUCCAUUAGUGAGAGAGUAAAAAGUUAUGAAUCCAUCAAUUCAUUGUCGUCGGAGCGUAAGCGUUCUGGUGGGGCGGCUACCCCUCGGUCCAUAGAUGAGGAAGCUACGUCCACUACACCGGACUUGGGUGAAGGAACUGACGCAGACAAGUCGGCGCCAAUAUCCUUGGAGAGUAUACCCGCGGCCGUGCCAGGCUCUGAAGAUGAACCUUACUAUGAUCAAGUGCCUGUGGACAUCAAUGAUGGCGAAUAUGUUUAUAUACAAGCAGGCGGUACGGGUUCGAGUACCGAGGACGGGUCGAGCGGCGCGAGCACGCUGCCGCUGGGGGCGAGCGCUCCGAGCGGCCCCACCGCGCCCGCGCCUCCCACCGCUCCCCGCGCGCCCGACUCGCCGCCCUGCGCCACCGCGCCUAACUACGUCAACAUACACUACUUUAUACAGAAAGGCGGUGAUGGUACGGAAGCAAACGAAACGGUGUCCGACCUGGCGGAUUCCAGCGACACUCCGCUCUUACUGAGAACAAUAUCUUCAGACACGGAAGCCAGUGCUACACCGCCGGCACUUAGGAAACUGCAUACUCAGGAGUCGAGCAGCAACAAUGCGGAGGCAGAGCGGCUGACUAUGCACCGUUGCAUAAUAACAAGUAUCAUUGAGAGUGAAACCGUUUAUGUUGAAUGCCUUUAUGUUAUGGAGAAGUAUAUGAAUGCAAUCAAAGCGACACUGUCGACAUCGCAGCCAGUCAUCACAGAAGAAGAAUUUAACACAAUCUUCUACAAAAUAUCUGAGCUGCACGAGUUACAUAAGAACUUUCUCGAAGGACUGAAAGCAGCUGUCGCUAGUUGGGAAGAGCCUCUGUCUGUUGGAAUACAUUUCAAAAAAAUGGCUGAAAACAUAAACAUAUACGGAGCAUUCCUGCACAACUACGGUCGCGCGACGGACGCGGUGCGACGGCGAUGUUCCUCGUCGCAGAGCUUCGCGCAUCUCACGCGACAGAUCUCGUGCCACGGACAGCCGAUGUCUUUGGACGAUCUGCUGCAUAAGCCCGUCGCCAGGGUUCAGAAGAACGCACUAGUCUUGCAUGAUCUUAUAAAAUACACUCCAGCCAGUCACCCUGAUCACGCCAUGCUGACGGAAGCCCUAAACAUGACUCAGCAUUUCCUAGACGAAUUCAAUAUUAUUCAAACUAAAUCCAUGUUCCCUAAUGCCGACCGCGCCCAAAGAAGACUCGUCAAGAAUUCGUUUAUCGUGGAACUCUCAGAUGGGCACAGAAAAUUAAGGCAUCUAUUUCUUUUCAAUGAUGUCAUUGCCUGUGCCAAGUAUAAGGUAACUACGGCAUCAGGACGCGACAAAUUCACGUUCGAGCUAAAAUGGUUCAUCCCUCUGCCGGACAUUGUGGUGGUGGAAGACGAGAGUGUUGGCGCGAACGCGAACGAUGCGCGGGAGACUUCGCCUGCUAACAUUGUGGCGCUUAAGUCGCAGGCCUCCACUGUACGCGAUCAGAUACUCGCUGAGGAAAGGGCUGCGGCUGAUGAUAAGAAAAUCCGUAUCGGCGGUCGCGGCGCCGCAGAGAGGCAGCGCAAGAAGCUGGCGGAGCUCGAAGCGGCGCUGGUACUAGCUUCCCCCAACCUUACCUUCCGAGUGGGAGCCCGGGCACCAGGCUCGGCUAGUGCGUUGCAGCGACAGCACAUCUUCUUCCUCAGCUCCGAGUACGAGCGAACGCAGUGGAUCGACUCUAUACAUGCUCUACAGGCAUCAUCAGCACCACCAGCGGGUUCGAGCGCGAUCUCAAUGCUGGAACUUCAAGCGUGGGUGACGGCGUGCCGCAGCUACUUGCAGACAGACAUGGGCUCGUACCUGCUGCGCAGCGGCCGGGAUGACUCGCUGCUGCUCGGAGAUCUGCAGCUGCAUGUCGGCGGCAUGACCGCGCCGCUUGAUACUGCUGCCGAUUACUACAUAGUGGUGGAAGUAGACUCUUACGGACACUACUUCCGCAAAGCGAAGUCGAAGCUGGUAUGUCGCAGUGCUCAGCCGCGGUGGAACGAGAGCUUCACCUUAGACCUGGAGGGAUCGCAGAACUUGCGUCUAUUGCUGUAUGAAGAUGCCGCCAGGCCGGUGUUGCGCGGGAAAUGUACUAUAAAGCUAUCGCGCGAGUGGGUAGCGGAGAGCGCGGGCGGCGGCGUAGGACGUACGGUGUGCGUCGGCGGCGGGUCGCUGACGCUGCGCCUGCGCCUGCUGCCGCCCGAGCGGUCCGCGCGCCGCGUGCCGGCCGCCAAGCCCGGCGCACUCUUCGGCAAUAAGAUCACGCAUGUCGCCAAACGUGAGAAACGCAACAUUCCAUUUAUAAUAAGUGCUUGCGUCCGCGAAGUAGAGCGACGCGGCAUUCACGAAGUGGGCAUAUAUCGCGUGUCGGGAAGCGCUUCCGACCUCAACAGACUCAAAAAGAGUUUUGAAACCAAUGCCUAUGAAGCUGAACAACUGCUGAAAGAAGUGGAUAUACAUUCAGUAACUGGCGUGUUGAAGUUAUAUUUGCGAGAGUUGCCCGAGGCGCUGUUCACGGAUGCUCUAUAUCCUGAAUUGUUGAAGGCGUGGGGAGCUACACAAGGCGCAGGCACGUCAGUGGACUCAGGACCGGCGCACACAAGACGCCACGCGCUGCUCAAAUGUUACGCACAAUUACCCGACCUCAACAAAAAUUGUAUCGACUUCCUCCUGAACCAUUUUGUUAAAGUGAACCAACACGAGGGCGAGAAUAAGAUGUCACUACACAACUUGGCGACGGUAUUCGGUCCCACAUUGCUUCGGCCGGGAAGUGCAGGAGCGGGCAGUAAGCAACGCACGGAUCUCCUCGCCGCGGGGACAGUAGACGCCAUGGCACAGGCCGGUAUACUCUACUGCCUAUUGCAGCAACGACAACUGGCUGCCCAGCUGUCGAGUCACCAUCGCGCCCCCCAUUCGCUGCUAGACUAGUCCCACACGCGUUUAGGAUUAUAGAGGAAAGGCAUUGCAGAAGAGUUUACCAUUGUAGUAUUCCAGACGUCUACCAGGCAUCCCGCCAAGGGAUCCCCAAUACCAUGUCAGUUACUUCGUUUUGAUACCAAGGCGUAAGUUAUAAUCUUUUCAAUUUAUGUAGUAUUCGUACGAGAUGACUUUGAAUGUCAUUUGUUAAAAAAAUAAAAUCUUCUGCCAUGCCGACCCGAAGUCCUUUUACGCCUAACGAAUAUGAAGCCGUUCAGCUUAUAGUCAACCUUCACAAACGGUCAUGUAAGUUACUGUGGACGUACGUCCCGUAGAUAGUCUUUACAUUAAAAGUGGUUAAGUACUUCGACCCAUAACGGUUUCGUGGAAAGUCGACAUUUAAUGAAUUCGCUUCGGCGUAUUCAUAUUACGGGUCAUACGAAACGCGCCAAAUCUAUAGAAAGUCUCUCCAUAUUUCAAGCUUUUAUUGAGAUAUAUAACACCACCCGCCUUUAUAUUUUAUCCCAGUAUUACAUUAUAUCCAUGUUUGCUAUUGCCUCAAAGUUCACUUUGGUGUUUGCCAAUAAUACCAUAUAAUAAGCAUGGAUGUUUUCGGGAGUUUUGUCUGAGUAUUUAUAAGGUCAAAACUGUGAAACCAAUAUUAUAUAAACAAAGUUUUUUUUGCAUUAUUGGUUUUAUGAAACUCGUUGCAAAUUAUGUUAACAUUUUAAAUACCUAGGUUUUACUGGUAUGAUGCACUUUGAUAUAGUUUUCAAUGUUGAAUUCGAAUGUGGAACAACAAAAACAUUUUUCAACAGAAUACAUUCCAUUAAUUACGACAACAGACUGAUAAAUAGAUGUAUCAUAGAAGAUAUAACAUUUACAAACGUUAGCAUGUAUUUAAAAUGAUGAAAAAGAAUGUAUGUAGAUAGGGUUGCCAGGCUUUUCAGUAUGCAAGUGGUUGUUUUUUUACAUCCUUGUGGCCAAUAACUUAUACUGCCAUUUUUCAGAAAUUCAGUCAAGGAAAGUCUGAUCUUAUAUUGCCAACUAUUCAGUUAACAAUCAUUAAUAUUUUUUGUAUACGAAAUGGUUGUCAUGGUUUCCUUAAAAUGAGCUUGUGUGGUAGGAAACGUCCGAAACUUAUGAUGAACUAUGGAUUACCGGGAAUCGGGAGAACAUAAGUGCACAAAUAAUAUGGACUAGAUAUGUUAUAGAGAAAACUAGAACUUUGCUGUCUUAAAUCUUUUUUCCCAUAUAAGGCUGAUUGUAUUGGUUGUUUUAGUAACAGCUGCAACGUAGUUAUUUCUAUUCUAAAGAAAAAACAUUACGAAAUGCAUAUUAGGUGGCUAGCUUGUACAUUUUGAGUUCUGGCAAUCCUGUAAUUUGACAAGAUUUUUAUAUAAGUUUAUCGAGUCGUGUUUCAUUCAAUUGGUAUUUUUUAUAGCGGUUGUGACUUGUGCAGCUGGCAUCGUCGCAAGGGUAGCAUGGCUUGGUUAAUAAUAACGAACGAAUUUGGGGGAAACGAUUGAAUCAGGAUAAAACGAUUUAAUCAAGUAUUACGAAGAGGGACCGAAAUAAAUGUAAUAAUUUAUGGUAAUAAAAUCAUUAGCAUAAAUUGAUGAAGCAGACUGAUACUAAUGUAUUUGUGAGCGAUAGUGUUUACUUUUUACUUUUGAAAGACGACAAAUUAAUUUAAUGUGUUUCUGUUAUGUAUGGAUACAAAUGAGAAUUUACGACACAUGCAGUUCAGGGGAGUCAAUUCACGCUAAAUAAAUUUAUUUGUGUGAUUGAUAACUAGCAGUUUCGAAUCUGUUAUCGGUCACAUUUCAUCAAUAAAGUCUUUCAUAGACGCGAAGCCACGCGUCGCUGGAGCGGAUUAUUUGAUGAAGUUCUCGCGCUUCUCCAGUGCAUGUUGUCGUUCUUAUCGAAUAUAUCUUUUACCAAAUUAUGUAAAUCUACUUUCAGUACAGUCACAAAAUUGAUCAAUUUAUAGGUAGGUUUGCAAAAAUUGAGGAUUGACUAUUUUAUGCAGUACUAAAUGAAUGUAAAAGCAGAUUAAAGAAAUACUACUACAUGAUUAAAUAAUGGAAUGAUUAUGAGUUAAAAACCAGCAUCACAUAAUAAUUAUUAAUACAGAUUUGAUCCUGGCUAAAAUACUUUUGUUUGACCUUAGGUUCUUAGAUCUCUAAUGCCCGGUUUCUGAGGUCCACUUAACGAGAGUUUAUCUAUCCGUCAGCGCUAUUGGUUCGAUAACUCCUUCGAAUGCGUUUCCGAGCUACGCGUCUUAAGUUAAACUCGGUUUAAACGGCGUAUAACUUAACUGCCCAUAUUUGGCCGUUUAUCUGUCCCAUAACUUUGUUUGACGUUUAGAUGUCACAAAAAAUACCCGUUUUAGGUUACUUUCGUCGCGUCGAGUCAGUUUUAAAAGCCAGUGAACAAAAUUAUUAUUAAAAUGCCUACUUAUAAAAAUGCAAACAAUGAAUAUAGAUAAUAUGGAUGCAAGCAGCUCAUCACAAUCGGAUUUCGAAGUGGUUGAAAUAAUUUCUAAUAGAUCAUAUUAGUGUCACGGAAUAUAAUGGACAGGAGAAAUCCUAUCGAAAUGUUUACCUACAUACAAUUUGAAAAAGAUAUCGUUUUACAUGUUGAUUUCUGACACUUACGCGAUUAUUAGACAUUAAUUUUACGGAUUUUAUCGCAAAAGUACGUAAAAUCCGUGAAAGUAGUUUUAUUUAAGAGAUAUCGGUUUGAAAAAAAACACAGUAAUACAUCUGGAUGAUAUUCAUCACCCUUACUCUACCUCCUGUUGCGCUCCUUCAAUGCACAUGGUCUGAGUUGGAACAACUUUUUAUUGCGUUUUUUAUAUAAUUUUAAAGGUACAUUUGUAAAAGAGCCAUCUAUCGACAGAUUAAGAAGUACGUAUCGGUUCCUUAACUAUUUAUCUGGCAGUUUGGUGCUCGGAAACGCAGCAAAAGUUAAACGGCGUUUAUCAAUUCAAUAACUUUGUCGAAUCGAUAACUAACGAAUAGAUAUCCAGAGACUUCAGAAACCGGGCAUAAGACAAUGGUAUAUUGAAUACAACAAUAGUUGAACUAAACAGGACUGUAGGAUACUUUCAUCUUUUUUAGCAUUUUAUAUGCUAGUCGUGUGUAUAUGUUUUUUUUUUUUUAUAUCAGCACCACUUUAGUAAUUUGGUAAAAAUCCCUUCAACAGAUUGUGGGUGUCACACAAAUGUCGAUUAUGAUGACUAGUUUAUAACUUAGGUGUUCUAUUUCACAAAUAGGCUUAGGUGAAAUGUGUUAUAUUAGUACUUAAAGUAAAAUUUACCAAAAAUAAAAAUUCUUAGAACAAUAUUAAUUUCAUGUAUUGAAAUGCGUUUUUUUUUUUGUUGAAAGACAUUAAUUAAUCUGUAAUGUACGAUAGUUUAUGUUGUUGAGUAAUAUAUUCAAGACUUAGUUAAGAUUCUUCACAGUUUUAUUUUUAUCAUCUUAGAUAAACAAUGUGUAUUCUUCACCAAAGACCACUGUUUAUGACAUAAUAUUCUUUUAAUACCCGAUUAAUCAAUUUUGAGAAAUAGGUACCUACUGAUGUGUAUUCAUAUAGGUGUUUAUUUGAAAUAGUAGUACUAGUAAUUGUCAUAAACUAUAUUGUAUGAAUACCAAUAUCUAACUUGUUUAAUUUUUAUAUUGCCAUUCUAUGCACAGCAUUUUUAUCAACAUUCUUUAAAAUUAGUAAGCCACAGAGAAUAAAUACUUUGUUUGUCAAUAUGGACAACAAAAAUUCAUUUCUUCCUCUUGAAUAAUAUCUUUUUAAUGUUGUACUUUGUUUACUUGAGAUCUUUUGUUGUUACUUAAAUUGUAAUAGAUAUAGUCAACAGGUUUUACAUUUCCUUUAUUAAAAUGAAUUACCUAGGUACAGUAAAGAAUUGAUUAAAACCAUAAUGCAAUGAUCAGUUGCUAAGUAUGAAUUGAGAGGAUCAGUUGGUUUGCAUGAACAAAUUAGAAUAUUUAUAUUUUUUAUUACUAUUAAGAAUGAUCUUUUUGUCAGACUGAGAAUACUUGUGCUUGCUGUUGCCAAAUUUACCGUUGCCAAUUGUAUUCUUGAUAAUGAUAGAGUAACAUUUAAAUAUUUGGUCACUACUGAUACAAUUAGUCUUGAUACAUGUUAAAAAAUGACAUGAUCCUGUUCACAAAUGCAGUAAUUAGCAGGCCUUUAUAAUAGAUGUGCAUUCAUACCUUACGUUUAAUAAACAUGUUACCUUGUAGCCUGUUUUUACUAUAAGUUUACUAUUUAAUUACUUUAUUUUAUAAUUAUAACCUACGAUAAUUGUUUAUGGAUAAGGGAUUUUGCACAUAAUCUGGGGUGAGUAUAGUGGCAAGGGUAAUAAAUCUUUCAUUUUAACAAUACCAGGCCUAUGUUUGUAUUUUUGCUGUUAUUGCUUUCAGUUUGUGUGUUGAAUCUCUGCACCAGCAGCUGUAUUAUAUAAGUAUUCCACAACUUGGUUAUAAUACCUACACAUUGUAUUUUUAAUUUUUGUAUAUAAAUGACACUAUAAUGUAGUUACAUAAAUUUUGCAAUAAAAUGUAUUUUUAAUACCACCUU